AUGUUCCCUGCACUUAUGUCCAAUUCCACUUCUUUCUCAGAACAAACCACUCUCUCUUCUGCUAGAUUAAACCACGUUGUUUCAACCAUUAAUUCCUCACAACUUCCUCAAAAGACCAAGAAAAAAAGAAGCCUCCCUGGUAACCCAGAUCCUGAUGCGGAAGUGAUAGCUUUAUCACCAAAGACACUAUUAGCAACAAAUAGGUUUGUAUGUGAGAUCUGCAACAAGGGUUUUCAGAGAGAUCAAAACCUUCAACUACAUAGGAGAGGACAUAACCUACCAUGGAAGUUGAAGCAAAGGAACAACAAAGAAGUGAUUAAAAAGAGAGCUUAUGUUUGUCCAGAGCCUUCAUGUGUUCAUCAUAACCCUUCAAGAGCUCUUGGUGAUCUUACAGGAAUUAAGAAACAUUACAGUAGAAAACAUGGUGAGAAAAAGUGGAAAUGUGGUAAGUGCUCAAAGAUCUAUGCUGUUCAUUCUGAUUGGAAAGCUCACUCUAAAACCUGUGGUACUAGAGAAUAUAAAUGUGAUUGUGGUACCCUUUUUAACAGGAAGGACAGCUUCAUAACACACAGAGCAUUUUGUGAUGCAUUAGCUGAAGAGAGUGCAAGAAUGUCAGCAAACAUAUUAUCCACUGCCACCAACACUAACACAAACUCAUUAGCCCAAUCUCUCUUCCUCUUCCAAAACCAACAAAGCCACAUCACAUGGGACCCACGUCAACAAAACCCUAACCCUAGCAACCUCCAUCACAACAUCAAGCCUGAAUCUCAAACCUUCCCUCUCCCAUUUCUUCAUCACACGACCAACAAGACCAACAUCAUGGCAUCAUCACCCUUCCACGUCAGCACACAACAGCCUACCACCAAUUCCGCCACGUCACCACACCUCUCAGCAACUGCACUUCUCCAGACAGCAGCAACCGUCGGUGCUGCCGCCAUCACAGGUCAGCACACCUCACAACUCAGCAUGGGCGAGCUCGGAUCGGUCACUCAUCUAGACUCGGUUGAUCACUACAUUAACAACAUGAGAGGCUUCACAAAGAAUGACCAAGGUCUCACGAGAGACUUUCUUGGCCUUACAAACAACGGCGGUGGCUCCAUCGACGUAAAGGAUAUGCUAACAUUCACAGGGGGUGUAGAGUAUGAACAAAACAUGAUGUUCAAGUCACAACAAGGUUUUGGUUUCUUUGGAACAACGACAACAAGUGUUCCCGAAUCAUGGGGGAAUUGUUAG